UCUGUGAGUGAUGAGGUUUAAAAUGAUAUAAGUAACGUGUAAUGUGUUUUAACGGUUCAGCAAGUCAAGCAGCACAGCAUACGUCCAUUAGUAAAUGGAUACAAUCUUCCCUCCAUCAACAGGCACACUCAUCAAAGUCCAUCAAAACGGAAGGAUCCCGAAACGGCCGGGUCCGGUCGAGAAGUGAAACGUGAUCCUUUUUUUGUGUGUGUGCGUGUGUUUUUAUCCAUCGUUCUUACAUUUUCCGUGCGGAUACCACUAGUUUUCGUGCCUUUUUUCGCGGUUUUAUCCACCACGGAAGAAAGAUUCCGGCAUCUAGUUGUCCGUCGGCAGUGUAAUCUAUCUUCGAGUAUUUAAUUAGCCGGAAACGAUUCGUCACGUCUGCUACGAUGGUCGACCGCCCGUGAAGAUGGAGGAAUAUGGCUUCGAUGGACGGGACCAUCGUUUGGCCAUUUCUCUACCCGUUUAACUGCUCACCUGGUUGAGUGAUUGGGUGCAUGAAAAAUGCUGCCCAGAUAGAAAGGAUUUCCGUCGGAAAGUGAGCCAAGGAAAAAAAAGUGUAUUUGUGCAGUCGUGGUGUGUGCAAAAUAAAACGAAAAACGCACGUAUCUGUGUGUUAGUGUGAAUGAGGAAUUUUACCGACAGGCUGAUUGAUACGCGUAUCAUUCAUACGGCGCGUAUGGUUUGCGGUAAACUUCCAUUCCGUGUUAUUCCGUGUUUGGCACACAAAAUGUUCCCUUCUCGCUCUUUAUUUCCUUUCCAUGGUCAACAGCACAAAAAUCACUUUUAAAAAGGUAAACAAAAAAAAAAGGGAAAUAAAUCACUCCACUCAACGGGAACAAGCCUUUGCGUCAGGCCAAGGGCCGUCAAAAAACGCUACCAUAUCAGCGUGCUUAAGCUUAUGCUGAUUCUGUUUUCACGAACGGGAAAGCAUUAGGAUGCAAACCAAAGCAAGUGGAACGGGAAAAGCCAGACGUGCGCAAAUAAUAUCACCAUUUCCCAGUGACGUGAGUUCCUGCAUACAUGUUUAGUGCGGUUUGUUGAUUUUAUUGUCAAAACACUUUUUUGGAUUAUACGACCAUCGGGUAAAGCUCGCACAAGGAGGCAAAAUGGUGACGAAAAAUCGUUCUGCGUCGUUAGGAAAACAAAACAGUAAAGGAAAACCAAUCCGCUGGUACAAGUGAUUGAAGGAAAAAAAAUUCCCCAACCGAAAGACGCGAGCACGCCACGGCGCCAAUAUAAAGUAGUGAGUGUGUGUUACCACAAAACCGCAUUAGCGAAAAUGUGCACAAGGACCACGCGUUGCUAUUGGUUCGGUGGUCCCGGCUGGCAAAAAGUGCUGUGCUAUCGAUGCGUGUGCUUUCUGUCCGUGCUGUUUGUGCUGGGUGUUGUUGUGCUGUUGCCCGCACCAGUUGAGUGUGGCUGCCGACGGCUGGUGCAGAAACCGUGUGAAGCGAUCUGUGUCCGCCCGAACGCGCUGAACCGCCGACUGACGCUUGGGACGCGGCCCGACUACGGGGAGGACGCGGGCAACGUGUCUUUUCCGCUCGUUUCCUCCGAUGUGUGGACGUGCGAGCUACGGAUCGUGGUGAUCAUGCCGGCUAAUACGAGCGUCGAAGCGUCACUGCCACGCGUGCGACCCGUGCUGGAAAAGGCGGAAGAUUUUAUCCGUCGCGAAGGCAUCUUCCCGGCAGACGUAGCCAUCCGGUGGAUUCCGUUCGAUGAUCGGUGCGAACAGGCACGAGCCACGGUGAUGGCGAUGGAUGGUACGGGAAGCGAUUACUGCGGGCAUCUCAUACUUGGACCGAGCUGUGAUUUUGCUUUAGCGCCCGUUGCUAGAAUCGCCCGUUACAUUUACAACGAUGGAAUUCCUGUGAUAACCGGUGCGGGAUAUACAUUCGAUUUCGAGGAACCAAAGACGCACUGUGAAAACGAGUUCCACAUGCUGUUCCGCACCGGGUUAGUCAGUUUCAAACGGAUGGCAUUCUUCAUGAUUGAACUUAUUCGACACUUCAACUGGAACCGUGUGGUAUAUUUUUACGAUCGACAUAGUUAUUACAAUGUGGCUGGUCCACAAACGGGUCACCUGCUGAUGAAUACGAUGGCAGAAUUCUUCCGCCACGAAAACAUUACCUACUCGCCAUUCUCAACCGAUUCGGCACGUACAAACUUUACCGAAAGCCUAAAGGAAAAGGUCGGCCUCAGCUAUGCAACAGUGGCAGCAGGAAGCAGAGCAGCUCGGUUGUUGAUGACAAGCACCGGUAUCGAAGCAUCCAGUGACGAAUGUUCGAAAGAGCUGUCUCGUGUGUGUAUCGUGUGGUGAAGCAGUG